AUGCUGAGAGAGCAAGAGAAGGGAGUAGCCCGUCACAGGGAGCAUUCAGCAACCAGAGAAAACGCAAAAAUUGUGCUUGGCCGAGAUGACACAAUUGGCUUGAAGCUCGAUAGACAUGGCUUGCCCCUUGUACCACAACCUACGGAUCGAAAAGAUGACCCAUUAAACUGGUCGCCAUACCUGAAACUUCUGGUCCUUUUGCAGGUCAGCUGGCUGGCAUUUCUGGGACCCCUGGCCGCAGCCGUGAUCAAUCCAGCAUUCGUGCCUCUCAGCAACGAGUUCGGCAUCACUCCGGUCCAGGCCACGUACGAACUGACUGUAUAUAUUGUGUCCGCCGGCGUCGGCCCCUUGCUCACGGUGCCGCUGGCCAAUGUCUACGGUCGGAGACCGGUCUAUCUCCUCGGCAGUCUCACGGCAGCGGUCACCAAUAUCGCCGCCGGCAAGUGCAAGUCGUGGCCCGGACUCAUGGUGACGCGCGUGUUCAAUGGUAUUGGUGCGGGCUCGCCGGUCGCCAUUGGCGCCGCGACGAUAUGCGACAUUUACUAUUUACAUGAGCGCGGCUUCUACAUGGGGAUAUUCUCAUUUUUCCUCGUAAAUGGGCCUCAUGUCGCUUCCCUUUUAGGUGGUUUUAUUGCACAAAAUUUGGGAUGGCGAUGGUCUUUCUUGAUCCCGGGAUAUGUUCAAAUAGCCACCGUGGUUCUCACAUUAUUUUGCCUACCAGAGACCAUUUAUUCGCGCCAAACUGCGCCCGGUCGCCGCGACCGUUCGUUCAUGGACCUGCUCCUCUUCAGACACCAGGGUCUGCAGGGCGCCAGGAUUCGACCAAGAGAUUUUACGCGGCCAUUUUACAUGUUCAAGUAUCUCUCAAUCGUGAUUCCGGGAAUCUACUACAUGACCGCCUUUGGCUUCGGCUCAGUCCUGUUUGCCGCGACCGGCGCGAGUCUGUUCCGCGAGCUCUAUGGCUUCAAUGUCGCGCAGACAGGGCUUAUGCUGAGCGUGCCGUUAUUGAUUGGUUGCCUUCUCGGCGAGAUGAGCGCAGGAUGGCUUACCGACCGCAUGGUCUAUCGCUACGCCAGAACCCACGGUGGACGAAGAGAGCCCGAGGCACGCCUCGAUGCCGUUCUUCUGGCCAUCCUGUGUCCAAUCGGCAUCAUUAUCGAGGGCGUAUGCCUGUCGCACCACAAUACAGUCCCUUGGGUAGGCGCCGCGUUUGGCAUGGGUAUCGCCAACUAUGGCGUGCAGAUUGCCAACACGGUCACGUAUACCUAUUGUACCGAUUGCUAUAAGCCUCAAAGCUCCGAAGUCUCGAGCAUCCUCAACGUCCUCCGCAGCCUCUUUUCCAUGACCAUUUCGUUUUAUGCAAUCCCCUUUGGCAAGGCGGUUGGGUAUCAGUAUGCGUGGCUUACUUUUGCACUAAUCAAUGUUGCUCUACUGGUGCCGGUCAUCUUGCUUCGAGUCUAUGGCACGCAAUGGCGGAAUAGUGCUUGGCAGAAGCCGCCCACUUUCCACAACGAUCUUUAG